AUGGGCGACUUAUCCACGCCAGCAAUAUCGGAUAUAACAAAUACUGAUGAAUGGUAUGAUGCUUCUGGCGAAAGCUCAUCUUGUAAUUCUAAUGUGAGUAAUCCUUCCAGAAAAGAAAAUACUCAUGAACAGUCACCAUCAAAAAAGAAAAUAAAUGUUGAAACAAACGACAAACGUGCCAUGCAGUUCGCUGAGAAAAAUUCAAUUAAUGUUAAUCUCAAUGUCGGUCCAGCGCCUCUAUGUUAUGAAGAAAAAGCGAUUGAAGAACGAGAAAAAUGUGAUUAUUCAAUCAAAAUCACAUUAGAUAUGGCCAAAAGUGGCACAGCACCCAGAGCGAUUCGCAUAUAUGCCGAUGGUAUAUACGAUUUAUUUCAUGCGGGUCAUGCUCGACAGCUGAUGCAAGCAAAAAAUUUAUUUCCGAAUGUUUAUUUAGUUGUUGGCGUCUGUAAUGAUAAACUCACACAUAGUAAAAAAGGUAAAACUGUCAUGGACGAAACCGAACGGUAUGAAAGUGUUCGUCAUUGUCGUUAUGUUGAUGAAGUUAUUACAGACGCACCAUGGGUACUUAAUGAUGACUUUUUAACGCAAAAUAAGAUCGAUUUUGUUGCUCAUGAUGAAAUACCAUAUGGAGCUGAAGGAAGUGAUGACAUUUACCAACAUAUCAAAGCUCUUGGUAUGUUUGCUGCAACGCAACGGACAGAAGGUGUUUCGACAUCCGAUAUCAUUUGUCGUCUUGUACGUGACUAUGAUAUGUAUGUACGACGAAAUUUAGCUCGUGGUUAUUCAGCGCAAGAUUUAAACGUUGGUUUUAUAAAGAAAAAUCAACUAGAAUUACAAACACGAUUUGACACAGUAAAAUCGAAAUUUCGUUCAUAUGAAGAAGAAUCGAAAACAUUUAUGGAGCGCUGGGAGGAUCGGAGUAAAGAAUACAUUCACAGUUUUAUCGGCUUGUUCGAGCGUUCCGGUGUUUUAACUCUAUUACAACGAGCACGAUCACCAAGAAUGUUAUUAAAUACUCACAGUAGCAACAGUGAUACAGACGACGACGAUUACAUGGUGAAACUAAAGGAUACUUCGAAGAAAAACACAUCUAAACAACAAUCAUCAGUGCUUUCAAAUGAUCGACAAUACAGCGAGAUGACAUAG